GCCUCCUCCUCCACUUAUGCUUCAAUACACGAGUACUCCCUCUACGAUUAGCAUUUCUCAAGUUCUAUACAUAUCUCUCCUUUUUGCUAAAUUUCAGCUAUUCAGGGAGAAAAUGGCUUGCUCUAGAUCAAUGGUGGCUUUGGUUUUCGCAUUGUUGGCUGCAUCAGCUUUAGCUCAGGCUCCAGCCGCCACCCCAAAGGCGUCUCCAACAGCGGCUCCGGUUGCAUCUCCACCUAAGGUGGUUACUACACCAACUCCUUCACCAUCCGCCGCCGUCAGUCCACCAGCCUCAGCUCCUACAAGUUCAUCACCUUCUGAAUCUCCAUUGACUUCUCCACCUGCUCCUCCCACUCCUUCCGGUGCACCUGCCGGAUCUACCGCUAAUCCUCCAUCAAUCGCCGCCGGACCCGGUGGCGCAGCCCCUAACUCAUCACCCAACGCAGCUACUUUGAAUAGAGUACCGAUUGCUGGAUCUGCGGCUACAGUGUUGUUCUUUGCUGCUAUUUUGCUGUAGAUCUGCUGAUUUAGUUCGGAAGUUUUACUUUUCCAGUGCGGAUGAACAUUAGGGUUUCAUUAAUUUUCCUGUUAUUGUUUAAUUAUUUAUUUUUACCUUUUGUGUACUCUAUUGUUUAAUGAUUCUUUGUUAUUUAAGCAUUACUUUUGUUUAAUUAAAUCCGUGUAGAGCUGUUUUAUA